AUGGAGAAACCUGUUGAUCUUACUGAGUUUCCAAUCUACAAUCUCGAUUAUGUCUCACUCAAUGAGAUAUAUAGGAAUCUUACGUUAAUUGAUAUAUUCGAGCUGUCUUUUACAACAACUGAUAUCAAAAAUACGCUAAAAGAUGCAAGUGUUCCUGUUCAAUCCAUUAGAAUUUCCUUCGCAUCACGUCAUCCGUCGAUCCAUUUGAAAGCACUAGGCAGUGAAUUUUUAUGGACUUUUGGCCGCCCAGAAAAUAUUGUAAUUACCGGUCAAGGAGAAUAUAAAAUCCAGCAAUUCAAAUUUAAUUGCCAAAGAAGUCGACAUGGAUAUCACACAGAACAUUUCGACGCGGAGCAUGGAAUGCUUGCUGUCAUCAGAUAUCUUGUCGCUAUUUUCAAUUGUGCUGAUUCAGUAAUCAGUGAACUAUCGAUUGAUUUGGGAGUGAUUGAAGACUGUAGAUCAGUCUGUGAGCAGUUCACAAAAUUCAAGAGUGUUGAGAGGUUGGCAAUCCAUCAAAGUGUGGAUAUUGAGAGGAACAAACUGAACUUUGCUCAAAACUUCGAGUGGAUUAUGGAAAAUUUGGAGAUCAAAGAAGUUUAUAUUGGAGUUGAUUUGAUGGAUCACAAAAUGAUACAAAAUGAAAAAGGAGAUUUCGAGAUUCGUUCGUUUCCUUUGCGAUUAGAUAGAAUUCUGAAGAUGAAUCAUAUUUGCUUAGCUCAUGCUGCAUGGGUUACACCUCAAGAUCUUCUGAAUCUUGAUGUUGAAACUGCAAUCAUAAUAAACCACCAAUUUACUAAUAAUGAUCUCAAUGCAUUUAUGAAACAAUGGCUUGAGUCGACUUCCAAUAAAUUAUGUUGGUUAGAAGUGAAGUUGGAUGAGGAAAGACACCAGAAACCAGAAAUAUGUAAAGACUUGGAUAUGCGAGAGUCAACUUACAGACAAACAAGCACGAGAAUUUCGUGUCCUUAUCGACGAACUGACAGUGUGAAACCAAUUCAUUUUGAUCUUCCGGCUGACACUGAACAAAUCACUCGUCUUGAUGGUCUUAUUGCUACAGUAGCCAUCACAAAUGACACCUUCUUUUUCCAUGUUAGCAAUACCGGUCCGAUUUUUGCUCCGGUUGCACAACCAGCAGAACCAACUGAGAAUGAACGAGCUAUCGAAGAAAGAAUUCGUUUGCUCGAUUUGGAGAGAAUGGAAAUCGAAUUUGAUAGACGGAACCAUGAGAUGGAAAGAAUUUUAUGGCGAUUCCCUGGGCACAACCAUCUCAACAAUGCAUUAGACGAACUUCGAGGGGAUCGUGAAGCUGAUGUCUUUGAACAGGAAAUAAGGCGUGAAGCCAUUGAAGCACAACUUGAUGAUCUGAGAGCGCAACUCAAUCGUUUACGACGAGCUCGAAGAGCGGCUCUUCUAAACCCAAUAGUAGAUAUACAACUCGACCAAGCAGCUAUCAUUGAACUAGCGAGACAACACAUUGAACAGCAGAUGCGGCAAUGA